AUGUCAGACAUUGUGCAUGGGAUUACUUUUGCUGUAAGUGACAUUUCUAAAGUUUGGAAACUUGCUGAAUACUUGUCUCUAUUUUCCCUAUUGGUACUGAAGAUCAACAACCCAAUUUUCAAAAUUGGGCUAGCUUUGCAUGUUGGCCUACAGGUGAUGCUUAUCCUGUUGUAUUCCCCGAUGGUUUAUUUCAAACUAAUUGAGGGGGGUCAGGCGAAUAAUAAGCAGGUUUCUCUUGGUUUGAUUCAAAAAUUUGUAAGUUUUGUCCCAAAUAUGAUGUACAAAUUAUCAAGGCUUGCUUUGAAAUUGCUUAUAACUCUAUUGGCCAAACUUACAGGUGCUUCAUUUAAGAAUGUCAAUAUUGAACCAUUAGCGUCUGUUAUAACAUACCUGUAUAUUAUGCUACGAAAAACAUUGGCUUUGGUUGUCUCUAUUUAUGUGACAAGUGAAGAUGAUGAAUCUAAACAUACGAAAGCAUUUGCAGUAUAUGCCGUAUUUGUUCUCAUUGAAAUGAAAUAUGUGAAAGAUUUAAUGAGAUCAUUUUCAGCACAAAGUUCUAGACCUUCAAUUACCGAAAUUCUGAAAUCUAUUGUUAAAUUAGAUGUCACUAGAAAUGAUACAAAAUCCAACCAAAGUACCCUGAAUGGCUUGCAAACUCUACGUAGCCGCCUCCUAACUGUCACGGCUUUAGUUGUUGUUUUCUUUCUUUAUCUCACAUUCAACAAUGCUUUAGAAUUUAUUGAUGAUGAUAAAAUAUGGAUCGCUACUGCCAAAACGAUCGUUAUGAUUGAUGCACUAUUUAUCGAAAGUUUGAUUGUUGAGUUACUUGGCCUCGAUCUGAAAUUCUUAAACAAAAAUAAUACUCUUGUUUGA